CAUGAUCAUUUGAAAUUGAGGGCAAAAUUGAAAAACAGUUGGGGGUCUAAAUGCAAAAGCGUAACACUUCAGGGGGCUUAUUACAAAGUACAAAGAGUCCAAUGAAAACCAACGUUUUGAGAUAACUCAAAAAGCUUGCUUCCCAACAAACAGAAGGCGAGAACGAAAGUACAACACCAAGAAUGCAAUGUCCGAACAAAUUCUUCAUCUCACCUUCUCUUUCUCUCACUAGCUCACCGAAUCCGCAGACCAAGAAUCCAGCUUUUCAGACCCGCUGUACAGGUAGAACCCACAAAAUCCAUGAGAGCACUUGCGACGGAAGUGUUCGUGAAAUUGCCUCAAAGAAGGCGUUUUGUUUACCUCCAAAUGUGAAAACCAUUACAAGCACGUCGAACCUAUUUGUUAAACAUUGUGUGAAGCUUCGACAGAGUUCCUCGUAUCGCCAUCUUCAUGGCAUGGUUCUCGUUGUUGGCAUUACUCCUGUAAGGGAGAUUUACAGCUCUCAUAUGUCAGAGUCAGCUAGGCCUAUAAUUGAGUGCUUGUUUGUAGUCGGUAACUGUUCUCUUCCUGAAGAAAUGGACAGUAAAGCUGUUCAUGUCGUUGAAGUUAGUUCAGAGGUGAUGAAAAAAAUAUCUGGUAUCCAGUCCGUUGAUUCUGUUGAAGUCAUUGCUUUGAUGAGAAUUCCUUCAACUUUUCGGGUUGUCAACGAUAGCCUGCAUGAUGAAGAUUUCCAAACAUUGUUUUCAUUCCCACAUAGGAUUCUAGUUCUUGACGGGAUCCAGGAUCCUGGAAACCUAGGCACACUUGUAAGAUCUGCAACAGCAUUUAGAUGGGAUGGUGUGUUUCUGCUUCCUGGUUGUUGUGAUCCAUUCAACGACAAAGCACUCCGAGCUUGUCGAGGAGCCUGCUUUCAGAUUCCGAUUGUUUCGGGUAGUUGGGAACACAUAGGAGCUCUCAGAGAAGAGUUCCAAAUGAAGAUGUUGGCCGGCCAUCCUGCCACGGGGGACGACCUGAAACCGGUGAUGAAGCUUUCUAAAGAUUUUGCUGAGUCCAUCGCAGGUUCGCCUCUGUGUCUAGUUUUAGGCAGCGAAGGUGCCGGGCUUUCGCAGUUCAGCCGGAGGGCUUGUGAGCUUGUAAGCAUUCCCAUGGCUGGAGAAUUUGAGUCUCUGAAUGUUUCUGUAGCUGGUGGGAUUUUCAUGUAUAUGUUGCAGCAUCACAAUUCACAACGCUAAACCUGCUUCACUUCUUA